AUGGCUCCCUCUUCCUCACAAGCAACGGCACCACUUCUGCCUCAAUUCAAUCCCUCCUCCCCAUCAACAUCUCCCUCGGUAUCCGACCGGUCUCACCGCCGCGCCUCUUCUUCGGCCGACCUCCAAAAUAUGAAGCAGAGCCGUCUCACGCUGGCCAGAAUCAUGCUGUUGAUUUGCAUCUCCUUUAUGCUCAUGGCCCUGGUCCAUAUCCACUACACCAACAACAUCUAUCGUCACAAAGAAGAAGAGUACGCCAGCUCAGGACAGACAGCAAACCACUCUAACGAACCCAUCUACACCAAUGACGACCACGAUAACAAUGACAAAGCUCCACACAAGAUCGAGCCAAGCUUUACAACCGUCGACACUACCCUAACCACCACCUAUACUUACAGCAACGGCACUCGGACGAAGGAAUUCAAGCCCGCCUUCUACCAGUCAGCAGCGCCAGCUCAAGAGGAGAUGGGAUCGUUCCUUAAGACCCUCGAAACCCGCACCUGGUGGCCUGCUCCACAUCGCGAGGAGGUUGCUGCCAGAGGGUUGCCUGCGACCAACAAGUUCUUUUCGUACUUACCGAUGGGAGGCGGAAACAACCAGUUCACGUCCCUUCAGCGAGCAGCUCUUCUUGCUAAGGACCUCGGGCGCACUCUGAUCAUUCCUCCUAUCAGCCCCAAUUCCCAUAUCAAGGUAUGGGCCGGGCCACGCUAUUCAGAGUUCUACGAUCUCGAAUCCUUCUCUGCCCAGUCGGGCAUCCCCGUCCUCGAGUGGCACGAUGUUAAACAGACGCCCGAGAACCCUCCUUCCAGCCUGACCCACCACUGGAACAACUUUGGCGAGGAUUUCCCCUGCAUCGCCAACGGAGGCAUCGGUGUCGAAAACGAACACCUCUACGACCAUUUCCGCCCUCAGUUCCUGAUGAACUUCAAGAGCAUCGCCCCUGCCGAAGAUACCACCAAGGGCAAAGCGGUUGAUUACUCAUUUGCGAGGGAUGUCCUCCUCAAGGACAGGCAGGACCAGUCCACGACCGAUACCAUGUGGAAGUGUCUCUCAUGCCCCUACUUUUUGAACGGCCCCGAUCUGAACGACCGCGCCUGGAAGGAGAUUGGUCUGCACAUGAAGUUCAACGCCAAGGUCGAGGCCAUGGCCGACGAGAUCCUGGACACCCUCCUGCCCCGCCCCACUGCCUCUACAACUCGUCGGCAUCCCGAGUUCAUCAUUGUCCACUUGCGGCGCGGUGAUAUUGUGACAAAGUGCAAGCCCGGUCAGGACGAGAAGGAUUGCCUGGUCCAGAUUGAGGAAAUCGCCGAGAAGGUGGACGAGAUUGAGAAGCAGCGGCGGAUAAAGGCCCUCGCAGGCACGACCGAGCAGAAUGCCGAUGUUGUCUUUGAGCGUCUCCCCGUCCUGGUAACAACGAACGAGAAGCGGCCCAAAGAGCUCGAGAAGCUUGAAAAGCUCGGUUGGGUCAUGCUUGACCACGGUGAUGCCGAGAAGGAUGAGCAAGGGCAGGUCAAGCCAUCCACGACCAAGAAGUUAGGCACGAUGACUUCGUUGGGACCCUUCUACCCCCCAAUGUUGGAUGCUGUGCUGUUGACGCGAGGAGAUUACUUGAUUGGCAUGUCCAACUCGAGGAUGAGCCAACUGGCGACCCAACGCGGCGCCGCCUGGUACGGCCACUCCACUUGGCUUUUGUAG